AACUUGCUCCCUGUUGCUUGGUGUAACUGGUCCAGAGGCACUGAUGAGCCUCGAGGGAAUGCAGGGAGAUCUAACCAUUGCGCGAUGAAUUCAAAAAGCUUCUGACUUGGUCUUGGAUUGCGUUUGAGAUCAGCUCUGGAUGGGAGAACUUAGCAGACAGCCGAUAAUGGAACACCAGCAUCAAGCGUCUUCUUAUCAACUUUGCCUGCCCAUUACAUCAUUGCUGUCUCUCCUGAAGAGCCACCUUUCAAUGAGCCUCCUUCCACAAUGAGAGACCGCUUGGAGGAGCUUCACCUGAGGGCUGGAGACGUCUCUGCGGCCGAAAGUGAGGCGGUCAACUCUUCCUCGGCGGAGGGAGUCAAUGGCGACUCCGUGGCGGCCGUUGAGCCGCAGGCUGUUGUGUUUGAGGAGGAGCCAAUCAUUGAGAACUUCCUGUCUGAGGCUCAGCAAAUCAGAGACGAUAUCACAGUGCUCAACACAGAGGUUCUUAAAUUUGGCCAGCAGCAGAAAAUGUUGGUGGCGACCAUGCGUCGAUUCAGUGUGAUGAAGAAAGAGAGCAGCGUAACCCGGGACGUCAAGCUCAAGGCCGAGAGCCUCCACCGCCGCUUGGACGCGCUGUCCAAGCGGGUGCAGACGACCGAGGAGCAGCAGGGCCCCGCGGCUGUUACAACCCGAAUACAGCGCUGCCAGCAUGCAGCGCUCUACAGCAAAUUUCAAAAGGUGAUGCUGCUGUAUAAUGAAGGCCUGCUGAUCAAGCAGGAGCGAUGUAAGCACUUCAUUCUACGGCAGCUGGAGGUGUCCGGAAGGGAUGUGACGGAGGAUGAGGUGAAUGAAAUGGUGGCCUCGGGAAAAUGGGAAGUCUUCAACGAGAACUUGCUGAACGAUGCCAGAAUCACACGCUCCCAACUAUCGGAAAUUGAGCAACGACACAAGGAGCUGUUGAGCCUGGAGAACAACAUGAAGGAGCUGAGGGACCUGUUCUUUGACAUUUUCGUGUUGGUUGAGGAACAAGGGGCCCACAUUGAGCACAUCCAGACCAAUGUAGAAAGGACACAGGAUUAUGUGGCCGUAACUAAUGAGAAGUUCAAGAUGGCUGCCAGAUACAAGAAGAAUAACCCACUUCGCCAGCUGUGCUGCUGCUGCUGCCCACCCUGGAGGUGCUGCCUCUAAAAAGUGUGUUUUUUAACGCAACAAUUCUGAGUAACAUCUUAUUUCAAAAAGUCUCACUUAACUUUUAAGGGUGAGCAACGUUGGAUUCAAGUACCAAUAAAGUGAAGGUUAUGGCAUUCUUUUUUUCUUUUUUUGCUGUCAAACACAGCGAAGGUGGAGACGGAUUCAGCAGAGCAAAGAAAACAAUUAGGGGAAAAGCCAGAAUUGGUAUUUGAGGCACUUGUUUCUUUCAAAAAGGAUGUGAGUGGACGGCUGUUGUAAGAGACAGUUCAGUGAGUGCUACUCACCAACGCCGCUGCUUAUUGGAGACCUUCACUGUCAUCUGACAGAGGUCACAAACAAGGGGAAACCACUGCCUCUGCACCAUCAGCAGCACGGAUCUCUCGCCUUCUUCUCAUGCCACGGAGCUCUAGUUAAUGUCAUUUUAUCAUGCACUUUACAUAGGAGUACAUGCACUUCCGAUAUUAAUAUAUCUAUAUACAUGUAUGUAUGUAUACAUAUAUUUAAAUCUGUUUUUUUCUUUUUAACACAAACCAAAAUUUAAAGUAGCGGAGAUAUGUUCUCUCUUUUAUUUUUCGAGCCAUAUUGUAUUAAAACAUUUAAAGAUGGAACUUCUAUUUGUAAAUCUGUUUGGAUAAAAAAUAAGCUGGGAUAUACCGUGUACGUGUGCCAUCCUUGCUAAAACUGAUACCUUCCUACAAAAACAAUGCUUUCUUUUUGUAGGAAGAAAGACUCUUAACCAAUUGGAAUUUGGAGGACCACCAUUAGGACUACAAUACCAGGAAAAUCCUAGAUCUGCUACACCUGUUAACAGCUGGAUAGAAAACAGAUCGGCUAAACCGUGAUUCUGUUCAGGUUCAAUGCUUGAUCUCAUUUACUGGCAAAAGGACUCUAAACUGGUGACAAAGAGGAUCUUCAGUGAGUCAUUGAACCAGGAUAUGUGGUGUCCGGGACACAAUACAGGUGAACUAGGUGUGCCAGGGACAGACUGGGAAAUCUGGUUCGCCUGCGUUUCCAUGGUGGUUCCCAAACAGAUCUCGUGUUCCCAUAUGGAAGAGUGACUAAACGGAACUGUCAAGAGUCCAGAUUAAAUAACUCCCAAGCUUACAAAACCAUUAUAAGCACAUGUUCAUUUUCACUUUGAUUUGAGUCAAAGAGCUUAAAGUAACCUUGCAAAGUUGCAAAUGAUAUUUUGUAAGUCGAAGUCGGUCAUUGAUGAUUCAUGUGAAGAAAUAAUUUCUACCAAUGAGUGAUUUCAUUGAUGUUAAGUACUAUUUAUAAUGCACCAUCGGGUCCAGUAGAUGAACCAAGUCCGUCGAGUGCAAGCCGAGGUGUUUGGUGGACCUCUGCUAUUAGAAUACAAACGUCUCUUCUUCUACUAGAAAUGAAAGGUCUCUUCUUCUAUUAGACUGGAAACGUCUGUGUCACAGUCUCACUGCGAAUCGUAUUUGGAAACAAAUACCCAAAUGCAUCUGAAGCGCGCAUCUCAGUAUGUCAAUGAUAAACGAACAGCACGUCGUUACACUGCACAACAUCGUUUCAGCCUCCAUCCAAUCAUGAUGAGGAAAUAUUUAGCACAGCUGGAAAUUGCAGGGUUCCCGCACAGCAACAAUGCCAUCCAGUGUUCACUGAGAUAAUUGCUACGUCCCCACCAAGCUGUUAAUGGGCACGUUACCACACAAUGCUGUAAUAAUGUAAGUAGUAUAAAAUAUUGCUGUAGUGCACA